UUCUGAUGGAUGUGGUUUAGGUUGAUGAACAGAGAUCAGAAAAGCCAGCACUCGAUUUCUCUCUCGCGUCCAUUACUCGGGAAAAUCCAUAGAUCAAAAACCCUAAGCUUCCAAUCCGUGAAGAAGCUCGUAUCCAUGGGGAUUUCUUUAUGAAUUAACUCGCGUUUUGGAUCCAGGUGUUCUGAUUUUUUUUCCAUGUACCAAAACCCUAGUUUCAAUUUCGAGCUAUCGGAUUGAACAAAACCCUAGGAUUUGUUGUGGUUCAACGUCUCUGAUUACGAGUAAUAACGAGAAUUUCGUUUGUGUUGGAUGGAUCAUACGGGAAUUGGAUUUGUGAUUUGUGGAAAGCGCGAUUCUACGUAAUAAUCUGUUUUAUGGGGUUGAGUUUUCAUUGAAAAAAGUGGUAAACGGGAGUUGGAGAUUGAUAAAAUUUCAGCGAGUCGGUUUGGGUGGAUGGAUUUUCACUUUUUGCUGGAUUUGUUGCGCAUUCAGCUGGAUCAAAGAUGGGAUUGCCUCUGAGUCCGCGUUUUUAAUUCUUCCCGACUUCAAUUAGCUUCGCUUGAAAAAUUAUAUUCGAGGACGAGGUGAUGGGGAGAAGUUGUCAGUGUGUUGCCUGCAUUGAAUUAAUUGGUUUUCUUUCAUGAACGAGUUGGUAUAGCAUCUAAUAAGUGUAGAAUUAGCUUGCGGCAAUUCUUAGGCGGCUUUGUUGAUAAACCUCUGGUUGUUGCUCAGUAAUCUGGCUCUGGUGCUGUUCAAGACUUUUGCAUAUUGAUCGACUGUGCUGGUAAUAUUGUUCAGGCCAAGCAUCGCAGAAUGAGCCUUAUGAAGGAUGAUUCGAACUCACACGAUCAGACCGCUACAAUAAAGCAUGAGUUGCAAAAGAAAUCCAAGAUUUCUUACACGAGAGAUUUCCUCUUGUCCCUGAGCGAAUUGGAUAUUUGCAAAAAGUUACCGAGCGGUUUUGACCAAUCAAUUAUCUCUGAAUUUGAAGACGCUUCCUAUGAUAGGCAAAGAAUUUCUGGAGGUUUGUCUUUGAAUAGUUUUAGGCGAAACGAGUAUGGUUCAUCACCACCCAGUAGGGCAGAAGCGAAUAAUUAUUCUCGUCGGAUACAUGGAAAGAGGGAAGUUCAUUCUUCGGGACGAAGUGAUAAAGAUAGUGAUUCACAAUCUGAUAGGGAUUCAGUGGAUUCUGGGUGGCGUUAUGGUGAUCAUUCUAGGAGGUCUUUGCAGGGUCCUGAACAUGAUGGACUUCUUGGCAGUGGUUCUUUUCCUAGACCAUCUGGAUAUGCUACAGGAUUUUCAGCGCCGAAGGUUCGAGCUAAUGAGCAAUACCAGCUCAACAGAAGCAAUGAGCCAUAUCAUCCACCUCGUCCUUAUAAGGCUGUAGCUCACCCCAGAGGGAAUAUUAAUGAUUCAUACAAUCAUGAAACUUUUGGUUCUUCUGAGGACACAAGUGAGGAUAGGGUUGAAGAGGAAAAAAAGAGAAGAGCUUUAUUUGAGUCGAUGAGGAAAGAACAACACAGGGCAUUUCAAGAAAGUCAGAAGUCAAAUCCUGUGAAGCAAAGAGAUGAGUUUGGCAUCAUGAUGCAGUUGGAUGAGUCUAAAGAUGAUAAGAAAUUGCUUAAUACAAGCAGUGGUUUUGAUGAAUCUAUCAUCUUACAGGCUUCAAAGAAUGAUCGAGAAAAACCUUUUCCAUCACAUACAACUGUAUCUAGGCCACUUGUGCCGCCUGGAUUCACGAGCAAUGUGUUGGAGAAAAGCUUUGGAACAAAGUCUUCAGUUAAUCCUCAUUUUCUGGAGGUUAAAGAUGAUGUUGUUGACAAGUCUUUGCAAACCAAAGAUGAGCAUUUGCACAAUGGAAUCUCUGAAGAUUUAGUGGAGAAAAAUUCAUCAGAGCAAAUGGGUUGCCCUGAGCAAUAUGGGAAAACAAGCAUUAAUGCUUCUGCUAACAACACUAGUGAAAAGAUUAUUGAUCUUUUUUCAGCUGUAGACAUGUCUAAUAAAACAACUGGAAUUGAUGUCGAAUCCCUUGAAAGUUCUUUGCAAGCUCUUCAAGCUUCUGAAAACAGAGCAGUUGCUGAUUGCAAGACUGAAAAGGUGCUGGCGAAUACAGCCAUUGGUGAAACAAGUCAAGUCCAUUCAUCUUCAAUCUUGGAAAAACUUUUUUGCAGUGCCAUAAAGUUAGAUGGCGGUGCUACUAAUUUUAUUGAGCAGCAUGAAAAUGAGAUGGAGGAUGCAUGUAGCCCUCAAAAUACGCAAUCUUCUAAAUUUGCUCACUGGUUUGUGGACAAUGAUGGGAAACAGGAGGAUGGCGUUUCACCUAAAAGGUCAAAUGACUUGCUUACUUUAAUUGUAGGUGGAGAAAAGGGUGGAUAUGACAUAUCUGAUGUUGCUUCUGAGCAAUCUCUGCCUACUGUUGCAUUUCAUGGUUAUGAAUCUGCAGAAAGUUAUAUCACAUCAAGUGAAACAUCGUCCAAUGCUCAGAAGACUGAGCCAUUUUAUGAUAAGAGUAAGCCAGAGGCUGUUUCUUCGAUCCUUACCUGUGAAGCCGUUGAACAGACACUGCUGUCAAAAAUGAGCGAAAAUGACUCAGCUUUGCAGCCGUCUGAUCAAAGAUGGAGUCAUUCUGAUGCUAAUAACAAGCAUCCAACUGGAAAAAGUGAUGAUCAUGCAUCACAACACCUUCUCUCAUUGUUACAGAAGGGUACGAGUCCGAUGAUUGUGGGAUAUGGCAGUGAUGAUGGUUGGAAUAUGGGCACUGGAAUUCACAAUAAAAAGGAGGAAAGUAGCCACAACAUUUCAAAUCCAGGCAAGACAUUAACUCUUGAAACACUUUUUGGGUCUGCUUUUAUGAAGGAGCUUCAGUCAGUUGGAGCUCCAGUUUCUGCACAAAGGGGUUCGUCGGGGUCCGGAAAAGUUGAUGUUUCAGAGUCUCAUGGUCCGAUCAUGGAUGAUGGUCUCUUGUCCAACAAUGAAAUUCGACCUAGUAUGAUUAAUCAUGAUCAUGGUGAUCAAAGGCAGCAAAAUCAACCAGAUUUAGUUCGUGGGCAGUGGUUAAAUCUGAAUGGCCCUCGACCUGAAUUGGAUUCUUCUCAUCCCCAAGCUAAGUUAGGACAUAAGAUUGGCGGUUAUGAUGGACCAGCUGAAAUGCCCUUUCCUGAAGAGGACAGUCUAAUCAUAAGCGAUUCUAUGAAUUUCCAAAACCUCAUUUCUAUCGGGAAUUCAAUUAAACCUCAACCACUGUUCUCACACCACACACAGGACAACAAUUCUGCAAUAUUUAACUCUGCCUUUAAGGAUGAAAGGCCUAGCAUGGGAGGUCUAGAAGGGCUGCCCUUUUCAGCUAGCCCCUUUGAUAGGAGGGAGACUGAAAUGCCACAUCGUAAAGCUCCUGUUCAUUCCUCCUUUCCCCAGCUUCAUCCCUCACAAGCGAAUAAUGUCAAGUUGUUUCAUCAAUUUGAAUCUCAUCCUCCUAACAUGAAUUCUCAGGGAGAGUUGCUGUUGCCAGAAGGAAUGGUUCAUCACGACUCACCAUCUAAUCACCAAUUUGUAGCAAAUAUGCUCCGUCCUCCUACCUCUGGAUUAUCCGGAUUUGAUCACUCUAUUCAUCACCCAAUGUUGCAGCAGAUUCAAACUUCAGUCAACCUUCCCCCACAGCAUCUACUACAAGGGUUAUCUAGAGGUGCACCUCCGCCUAUGACAAACAGAAGCGUUCCUCUACAUCCUCACUCUGUCAGAGGUAGUGCGGCACCUCCCCAACCCAACAACCAGGUUUCUGGUUUGGUGCAGGAACUGAAUUCAAUCCAAGGUUUUCAUAUCGGUCAGCGUGUGCCUAAUAUGGGUGGCCCCAGAAUACCCUCUCCAGCUCCUGGUAUUGGAGGCAACCAACCCGAUGCAAUUCAGAGGCUCAUCCAAAUGGGACACAGAUCAAACCCACCAAAGCAAAUUCAUCCUCUUUCUGCCAGUGGCCAUGGCCAGGGGAUUUAUGGCCACGAGUUGAACAUGGGUUAUGGGUACAGGUAAUUGUAACACUCUUACUUCCUUCAUACUUGCCCAAAUCCUUAAUUUCUCCGAUAGAGAAUGGACCCAAUAUGCUCCUCUUAGUAGGAUUGAGUGAGAAAUGUAAGUAAUGAAUCCUUCUUAUGUUUGUUUUGUCGAUUUGUCUUUUGCUGAUU